AUGAACGCCAUGGCUGGAGCUCACUGCUGGUAUGCAGAGACAAGGAUCGGUCAAGGCUAUGGGAAAGCAGAUAUAGGAGGUCCAUUCGUCCUGUUAGAUCAGAACGGAAAGACUCGCUCCGACAUGGACUUUCGAGGAAAGCACAUGUUCAUGUACUUCGGAUUCACAUACUGUCCGGAUAUCUGCCCCAACGAAAUGAUGAGAAUGAAACAGAUCCUGUCGCUGCUCGACAAGAUGCACGUUUCCGACAAGAUCGUUCCGAUUUUCAUUACGAUCGACCCCGAACGUGAUGGUCCCCUCCAGCUGAAAGAGUAUCUCUCAGACUGGGACUCGAGAAUCGUCGGUUUGACAGGAACGCCAGAUCAAAUCAAAGACGUUUGUCAGAAAUAUCGAGUUUAUCACUCCAAGUCUACGCUGGGCAAUAACCCUGGCGACUACCUAAUCGACCACUCUAUUCUAUUUUACAUGCUGGAUCCCCAGGGCAACUUUGUAGAUUACUUCGGGAAGAGUCUGAGUAUCGAAGAAAUCGCCAUGAAGAUCUUCAAGUAUGUCUCUGGUGCGUUAACAAGGGUUUGCAGCCCCAACUCUGUCGCUUCCAAGAGUAUCGAUCAUCUCCUUCCGCCCCUCAAGGAAGAGUGA